AUGAACAACUUCACCUCUAACAGUCCCUCUGAGAAUAACUUUGUGCAUGCGGCUAUUGCACGUAAUAUCAUGCCCAACAGCAACACUGGUCUGGCAUCGGUUAUGUAUACACCUACCACGAGACCGGCAGGUAGCCAUGUUGAUGGUAAUGUGGCCGAUCCAGUUCUGGCAAUGCUGGCCUGUCUUAAUGCUCAGAUGAAGAGUCUUACUGACCAAAUUGCAAGCAUGGCCACCAGUAUCACCAAGUCCAAUGAUACCACAACUUGUCUUCAGGAGACAGUUGCAAAUAUUGUUUCUGGUCAAACUGUUGUCCAAAAUACUGCUUCCAGAUACAAUGUUACAUCAGGCGUUGAAGCGGUCACUGGUCUUUCAUCAUUGAUGGAAGAUGAUUAUGUGCCUGGAAAGAGACACCCAGCAAUCUCUAAAUUGAUCAAUGGGUAUCUGAAAAAGCGGAACUUCAGCAGUAGUGAUCAAAGAAAAGUAGCCACAAAUGCUGCAAAGCCAGGAUGGGUCCUUACAAGCUACUUUACAGGUGGCUAUAACCACAGUCUUGCACUGGCUCUAACUGCAUAUUUGCGGAGCCAACCUCAAUCUGCUGGCAUACUUACAAGUGACCUUGCAUGUAUAGUAAAAAACCAUUUUUGCAACCAGAUCCAUGAGUCCCGCAGACGCCUUCAUCUGCAAACAGAAAAAGAACUGCAUCAAGAAGACAUCAGCAUGCUUCUUUGCCAGCGUUCCAUGGCUUAUCUUGAAAACAAAGAAGCCAUUGAUACAGUCACGAAAAGAGACAAUUGUGCUCAUGUCCUUCAAAAUGCAGCAAUGUCUGAUGAUGAGACAGAUGAUGAGGCAACUAGAUUGGCCAGCAGUAAACGCCUGAAGGCUUAUCGCCCUAACUGGAGAAGUGAUGAGCUUCAAACGCUCUUGGAAAGACUUGACGAUUAUGCUGUAGCAAAAGGACAGCAAAGAUCACUGAAACUUAUCCCUCGUAUCAGGGUUACGUGUGACGCAGAUGUUCCCAAUGAUUUAAAAGUCCCACUAGCUCAAUGGACCAUUAAAGAUUAA